ACACUCUUGCCUUUUUUGGUAUAAAACUGAGUGCCCAGCAAUUGCUUCGCUCACAUUUCCUCUCAAAAGAAAGAGCACCAACCACUGCUCAGUCAGUAUAGAAUCUUCUUCCGCUGAUUAAGUGAUAUAAGAUGGCUGACGCAGAGGAUAUUCAACCACUUGUAUGUGACAAUGGAACUGGAAUGGUCAAGGCUGGUUUUGCUGGUGAUGAUGCUCCAAGGGCGGUAUUUCCCAGUAUUGUGGGUCGGCCACGACAUACAGGUGUCAUGGUUGGGAUGGGACAAAAGGAUGCAUAUGUUGGAGAUGAAGCACAAUCUAAAAGAGGUAUUCUCACUUUGAAGUAUCCCAUCGAACAUGGUAUUGUGAGCAACUGGGAUGACAUGGAGAAAAUUUGGCAUCAUACUUUCUAUAAUGAGCUUCGUGUUGCUCCCGAAGAGCAUCCUGUUCUUCUCACGGAAGCACCCCUCAACCCGAAAGCUAACAGAGAAAAAAUGACUCAAAUUAUGUUUGAGACCUUUAAUGUGCCUGCUAUGUAUGUUGCCAUCCAGGCUGUUCUGUCACUCUAUGCAAGUGGGCGAACAACGGGUAUUGUGCUCGACUCUGGUGAUGGAGUGAGCCAUACAGUUCCAAUUUAUGAAGGUUAUGCCCUUCCGCAUGCCAUUCUCCGUUUGGACCUUGCUGGUCGUGACCUCACAGAUUCCCUCAUGAAGAUUCUUACUGAGAGAGGGUACUCAUUCACGACUACUGCAGAACGGGAAAUUGUUCGUGACAUAAAGGAGAAGCUGGCUUAUGUUGCUCUUGAUUAUGAGCAAGAGUUGGAGGCGGCCAAGAGUAGCUCAUCAAUUGAAAAGAGUUACGAACUGCCUGAUGGACAGGUAAUUACCAUUGGAGCUGAGAGGUUCCGUUGCCCUGAGGUACUUUUCCAACCAUCAUUAAUUGGGAUGGAAGCUCCGGGGAUCCAUGAAACAACAUACAACUCGAUCAUGAAGUGUGAUGUUGAUAUUAGAAAGGAUUUGUAUGGAAAUAUUGUUCUUAGUGGCGGUUCAACAAUGUUUCCUGGUAUUGCGGAUCGUAUGAGCAAGGAAAUAACUGCUCUUGCGCCCAGCAGCAUGAAAAUAAAGGUGGUUGCUCCACCUGAGAGGAAAUAUAGUGUCUGGAUUGGAGGGUCAAUCCUUGCAUCUCUCAGUACCUUCCAACAGAUGUGGAUCUCCAAGGCAGAGUAUGACGAAUCUGGUCCAGCAAUCGUCCACCGUAAAUGCUUCUAAGCAUAGUAUCUGUUGUGACUUUGUUUGUCAGGAGAAGAAAGGCUGUGUUUACUCUUAUGAGCAAGAAAAAAUGAUUGUAUUUCAGAAGAGAUCAUAGUUUGUAUGGUGUUAUUGGCUUGGUUUGCUGUUUAUGUAUCAUGCCAGGAAAUAUGUAUUUUGGCAACUUCAUGGUGUUUCAUGUAAGCCAUUACGGCACUGCGGUUAGGGAGUAUUCAAACUUAGAACUUGGGACCUAUUGAGUCCAUAUUGAUUGACCCGAAGAGAUUCACCAAUUAGGCGAUGAAUCAAAAGUUGAUAUUUUCUGGCAAGAAAA